AUGGCGGAACCAUCACCAACUGCAACCAUCAUCGCGGCGACCCCCACAGCGUUCCACCUGGCCAUCAUAACAGGGGAUAUCGGACAACCAGAAACAACGGAGAGAUAUUAUCGAGAUGAAGAAAUUACCACAAAUAUCCCGCUUAUACCUCGGGACCACGAGCCCGAAGGAAGCCUGACGACUGUCCGUUAUCUCACGACCGUCACGCACGACAACUCGGUGAUGACCCACUACGUGGAGACAGUGUCCACAGUCUACCCGUUACCCCCCGCGGGUUCUGUCACCACCAUGAUCUUCACCGUCACUUCCGGCGGCUCGACGAGCGGCAAUAUACAUAUAACUACGACGGUCCCAGCGCCCCCUGGAAGCACAACCCUGCACGUGACCCCAGCGGCAGGAUCUAAAGAGAUGAGUACCGGCGCCACAAUCGGCGCCGCAGUCGGCGCCGCAGUCGGCAUCAUCGGUUUGGCAUUGCUAGGCUUCUAUGCCUGGUGGCAGCACAAGAGGCGGAAGGCGGAGAAAGCGCGCCUCCAAGCCGCCCAGAUGGAGUUGAUGAGGCUGCAACAAGCGCCCCCGCCGCCGCAGCGGCCCCCAUCUACCCAGCAGACCAGAUCCGAUAGUCUGAGCACGACGAUCGCCGUACAAAACUCGGAUCCGUGGAGGGGUUAUGAUGGUGGGCGUGUGCCGUCGGCGAUGUCGCAGAGACGAUAUGAGCCGCCGCCACAGAACUAUCAGACAGAAGCCCCGGAAAUUGUGUUGAAGCCGGGAACGACAUAUGUUCCACACCGUACCAGAGGAUACCUUCAAACCCCGUCGUCGGUUGCCGAUCGCCGCUCGGAGGCUCCAGACCCAUAUGCUCCGACCGAGUCCACGGAAGGAUCUCACAUCGCCCCGCCGACUGUAUGGGAGGAUAUGCGGCCCGACGAGUGGAGAGGUAUGCGGCAUCGGGCGGAAGAAGUGACGGAGAGGGAAGCUGGGCCGGGCUCGCCGCUUGCAGCUGUGCAGAGAACCGUUGGAUGGGUGCGCAACGGUGGGGGGAGCGGUGGUGCAAGAAGCGGAAGUGGCAGGAGCGGGGGGACCGAGCGGCCUGCGCAGCCGGUACAGUUGAUCGAUAUGAGCCCUAGCAGCUCGCCGCGGCUGGUAGCUCCGGGACAUUCUUCGCCGCCGCCUAUUAUGGACCUCGACGAGAGGGAUGCGCGGGGGCCGAACAGAUAUCCUCUCCAGCGUGAUGGAGCUGGGCCGAGUUGGGGAGCCAGGCAGCAUAACACACCAGAGAGGGGCAUCACUUCCAAUAAGUACGACACACGGUUCCAUCCGACGGAUAGUGAACUCCAGUUGAACGAGUUUGAAACCACUCAAUCGAGACGUCACCCGUUGGAGAGCCAGAUGGACGCUCGCGAUGCCCGGGUCACGGAAGAUGUUGAACCGCUACAGAUGAGACGGUCUCGGGAUCUUCUGAGGGACCCUAGGGAUUGA